AUGUCGGGCACGUAUACGCACAAGUUUGAUACAGCGGCGUACAAGGGAGAGGCAACUAUCAACACCGGCCUAUUCAUUGGGGGAAAGUGGGUCGAUCCUAUUGAAGGGGGCAGCAUCGAAGUGGUUAAUCCUGCUACCGGAAAGGUCGUCACCUCUGUGGCUGCGGGAACGAAAGCAGAUGUCGAUCUUGCUGUGGAAGCCGCGGAGAAGGCCUACAAGACCGUCUGGGGUUUGCACUAUCCCGGUGCCGGACGAGGAAAGCUUCUGAACAAGUUGGCUGAUCUAAUUGAGAAAAACAUCGACGAGUUCGCUGCGCUCGAGGCUCUCGAUGUCGGCAAAAUUUUCGCGAAAGCAAAAGCGAUUGACAUCGGAGGCGCUGUCACUUGCCUUAGGUAUUACGCCGGGUGGGCGGACAAGGUACAAGGAAAGACGAUCGAAACCACCGAGAAUAAACUCGCCUACACGCGCCACGAACCAUAUGGCGUCGUGGGUCAAAUCGUGCCGUGGAACUUCCCCAUGGGGAUGGUCUCUUGGAAGAUCGGUCCUGCCCUUGCGACAGGCAACACCGUCGUAUUGAAGCCAUCUGAGAUGACCCCCUUGACAGCGCUGAAACUGGCCGAUCUGAUCAACGAGGCUGGUUUCCCUCCCGGUGUUGUCAAUAUCGUGAACGGAUAUGGACAUACCGUCGGUCAGGCGAUAUCAGAGCACCCUCGAAUCCAUAAAGUUGCGUUCACGGGCAGCACGCUGACUGGAAGGAAGAUCUUGAAAGCGUCGGCAGAGACAAACUUGAAGGUUGUCACCCUCGAACUGGGAGGGAAGAGUCCGUUGGUUGUUUUCGAUGACGCAGACAUUGAUCAGGCUGUCAAGUGGGCGUCCCACGGUAUCUUCUUCAACAUGGGCCAGGCAUGCACGGCUGGCUCUCGCAUUUUCCUCCAAGAAGGGAUCUAUGGUGCCUUCCUUGAAAAAUUCACCGCAAUCGCACAAGACCUCGCAGCAAAGACUGGCGACCCGUUCACUCCAGGGACACAACACGGUCCUCAGGUCUCGCAAAUUCAAUUCGAUCGCAUCAUGGGCUACAUCGACUCCGGCAAGAGCGACGGCGCGACACUUCACGUUGGGGGCGAGCGGCACGGUAGCGAGGGCUUCUUCGUGAAGCCAACCAUCUUCACCGACUGCCACCCCGACAUGAAGAUCACGAAGGAGGAGAUCUUUGGGCCCGUCGCGGCGGUCAUCAAGUUCAAGACGGAGGAGGAAGCCAUCGACCUCGCGAACAAUACGGAGUAUGGUCUGGCAUGCCAUGUGUUCAGCCAGAAUGUGAACCGCGCGAUUCGGGUGGCCCAUGCGCUCGAGGCGGGAAGUGCCUGGGUGAACUGUGCGCAGUUCACUGAAAUUUCUGUGCCUUUCGGAGGGUACAAGCAAUCCGGAAUUGGACGGGAACUAGGCGAAUAUGCCCUCGACACGUACACCCAAGUCAAGGCUGUGCAUAUCAACAUCGGAACCAACCUUUAG